AAAUUCCAAGUUUUCUCCUUCAGGUUAGUCACUCUUUGAAUUCUUGAGAAAGAUGUAUAGAGCUCCUCUAGUCCAAGAUAAUCAGCUGAAAAGACCAAGUGAUUUGCAAUUGAGUGGAGAACUAAACCCUUGCUCUAAUUCUGUUAAAAGACAAAGGGUCACACAUGAUCAGACUGGACUACCAGCAAUUUCAAAUUGUUCAGAACUGGACAAGGAGAUUUGUGGGCUAGCACCCAUUGUCAGAUGUUCUCAGAAUGGGAAGCCCUCUAAAAGUUGCACUGGGGAGGAUGCGACUAAGCAAGAUAUUAUUCAUCUUGGAGAAGGUUAUCAACCUGUUUUACCCGGUAACCCAGUUCCUCUAGAAGUAGAAGAGGACGGUGGGUGUCUUAGAGCAUCAUGCUGCAUUGAUGUGCAAACUGCAAGGAUAACAGCCCAAGUGUGUGCAAGGAGACGGAGUGAAUCAAUAAUGUCUGGCCAGCGAGAGCUCGAAGGGGAUAUCAGAGGAACAGAACAAAUAAAUUAUUCUGAAGACGCUAAUAGUGGAUCACCAAAGAAUGAAGGUGUGACCAACAAACAACAGGUUCGAGUUUCUGAAGAAGCCACUGAACCACCAAGCUCUGACAUCUCCAAGAGGAUUAGUCUUGUUGAAACGAUUUACUCCAAGAGGAUUGAAAAGCUCUUGGCUAAUCAAUCCAAGAAAAGUCUACAAUUCAAGGAAGCAAGAGACAGAAUUAAGAAUGAUUUGACGCAAAAGUUACUGAGCACUCAAAUGCAUCAGUUCUUGUUCGUAAGAUGCAUCCCGAUAUUGACGCUAGAAUUGUAAAACUGAAGAAUGUUGAUAAGGAGUUCAUCAAGAAGGAACAACGUAUCAGAACUCAUCUGAAUACGGAGCAAUUAAAGCUGGAUGCAAACCAGCAGGCAGACAGAGAAGAAGAGAGAAAGCUGAAGUCUCACUGGAUGCAGGAAGUCAAAUCUGGAAGAUCAGUGGAUACAUAUUCAAUUCUUCCGCUGUUCUUGGAUUCCUGUUUCAAUCUGGAUGAUCUGAAGAGCUGUGCACAAGUUCAUUUAGUAGAAGGAACUCUCACAUAGUCUCCCUGAGAUGGGAGUUGCAUGGCAUUCUGAAGUUCUUAGAGGUCGCUCACCGGUAGGAGAGGGCACCAUACCUACUGAGCCAUCAGCAACAGCUCAUAUACAACCUCAGCAAUACCCGCAUACUAAUUCGUCGACUGAGCCUCUUGGCCCUCUACUGUCUAUUCGACACAUGGUGAGAGUCCAGUUUUUUCACAAGCUGAAGAGUUGCAAAUAUCUACAAGAGCCAGUUCACCCUCUGAGCCAGUCUUGUUGAACUGUUCUAGUAACGAUACUUCAUUUCUGUCAUAUCAUGGAUUCAGUUCUAAUAACCAAUCUAAUGCUGCUGCUGCUCCAAUUUCUAGCCGGACCCGGAGCAAGCAGAGUCGUGGAUUGUUCUGAAUGUUGUAGUUGGCCUGUAAU